UACUCUCUCUUGUCACAGAGAAGAGAAGAGAAGAGAAGAAACCAAUAAAAAAAAGAUUUAAUGAGAGAUAUUAAUUCAAAAGAUUCGGCAACAUAAUCCUCGAGAAGGGUUUGGUGAGAACCGGCGGUGGAUCCGACGGAGAUGGCAAAGACCGGAUUUUUCGAUUCGGAUCCGACGGCGAUUGCUAAAGCUAAAGAACUGAAGCUCGAGAUGAAGAAACUUCUGAGUAACAUCGAGGAGGAGGAUGGUUUAAGCGUUCAGACAAUCGAUCAGUUACAGGAGGCUCUGUCUGCGUUUAGACAAGCGACGACGAUGAGGAAGAUGGAGAAAUCUUCUUCUUUAGAGAUGCUCGAGACGGCGGUGUCUUUUCCUGACGAGUUUCGUUGUCCUCUCUCCAAUGAGCUCAUGCGUGAUCCUGUCGUCUUGGCUUCUGGUCAGACAUACGACAAGUUAUUCAUCCAGAGAUGGUUGAGUUCAGGCAACAGAACAUGUCCCAAGACAGAACAAGUUCUGCCUCACACUGCUUUAACUCCCAAUGUCUUAAUCCGCGAUAUGAUCUCUAAAUGGUGUAAGACGGUUGGGUUAGAGACUACGAAUCUAUACGAGUCCAAGAAAGCUGUCACUAGAUCAGAUCGUGAGGUUUUCAAUUCUCUACUCUGUAAAGUCUCUUCUUCAAAUAUUCAAGAUCAAAGAUCAGCUGCAAAGGAGUUAAGACUUUUGACCAAGAAAGGAACCGAGUUUCGAGCUCUGUUCGGUGAAUCUUCUGAAGGAAUCACCCGUUUAGUGAGUCCGUUGCUGUUGAACCGAGAUGAGGAUCUUGAAGAAGAUGUGAUCACAACGUUGCUGAACAUAUCCAUACACGAUGACAGCAACAAGAAGCUCGUCUGCGAAAACCCUAACGUGAUUCCUCUCCUGAUCGAUGCGUUAACGCGUGGAACCGUAGCCACGAGAAGCAAUGCAGCUGCAGCGAUCUUCACUCUCUCUGCUCUCGAUUCGAACAAAGCGCUCAUAGGGAAAUCUGGAAUCUUGAAACCGCUUAUCGAUCUUUUAGAAGAAGGGAAUCCAUUAGCUAUCAAAGACGCAGCCGCAGCGAUCUUCACUCUCUGUAUUGCACACGAGAACAGGAGCAGAGCUGUGAAGGACGGAGCUGUUAGGGUUUUAGGUAAGAAAAUCUCUGAAGGGUUGUAUGUGGAUGAGCUUUUAGCUUUAUUAGCAAUGCUUGUUACUCACUGGAAGGCUGUGGAGGAGCUUGGCGAGCUCGGUGGGGUGUCUUGGCUGCUGGAGAUAACCAGAGAGAGUGAGUGCAAGAGAAACAAAGAGAACGCGAUUGUGAUACUGCAUACUAUAUGUUUCAGUGACAGGACAAUGUGGAAGGAGAUCAGAGAAGAGGAGAGUAGUCAUGGAACGAUAACAAGGCUUGCGCGUGAAGGAACGUCUAGGGCACAGAGGAAAGCAAAUGGGAUCUUGGAUAGGCUGAGGAAAGCUAUGAAUCUUACUCACACAGCCUGAGAUAAUGCCCUAAAAUACAGCAAUGUAAAUUAUCUAAAUCUAUAUAUGCUCUUUUGUUUUUUUAUUUGGCUUUCAUAAUUUUUGUAAAUUAUUUCAUAUCUUUAGGAUCUGAAUAAUAUUAUAUGGGUUUCGUAUAUGAUGAGGUUGUAAGUAGAAACCUGUGUGAAUAGUUCUUUGUUUGAUGUUCCAAUAAAAUAAAUGUUGGCUUUUA